AUGGCCCCUACUGCAAAGCUGAUAGACAAAAGAAAAUCCCAGGAGUUGGAGAUGUUUCAGCUGAAGAUGGAGUUGCAACAGGAGAAGAUUGAUGAGCUUAUCAAGGAGAGAGACUAUCUAAAAGAGCAGCUGACUUUAGGCAAGUCUCCCUACACACACCUAAUGUUUGUAUUUGGAUGUAUUUUAACAGCUCUUAAGAAAGAGAAGACAGGUUCUACUGAGGCUAUUGACUGGUCUUCACCCUCCUCUUGUGACAGCCUAGAGGUAGAUUCCUCUGAUGCUAUGUCUGACUCCUCCACUAAUUCAUCCUCAUCAGAUGAGGGCAAGAAGAAGAGGAGGAAGAAGGGGAAAGAGAAAAAGUCUACGUCAAAAAAAAAGGAACCAAAGACACGCAGGAGAGUCCAAAAUCCGUAUCAGGUGGUGUCCCGGAACAAAAAAAUUCUCAGGCUGUUCAGUCGAGGAGGGACCAUGUCUGCUGCUUUCAAGCGUGUUGGGGUGGACCGGAACACAGUUGUUGCCACAGCUCCAAUUGCGGAGCUGUUCAUAGCUGCACCCUGCAAAUAUGAGGAACUCCUUAAAAAACACAAUCCUCAGGUGAAACUCAGUGCAUUUGCUGCCCAGUGUGUCACUUCAAUACAGGAGGAUCCAGGAAUACACACAGUUGAAUCCUACAAGGUUUCUGGAAAGCUGCUUCCCCUGAAACACCGAUAG